AUGGGCCUGCAGCAGACAGGCCUGCAGCAGACAGGCCUACAGCAGACGGGCCUGCAGCAGAUCGGCACACAGCAGGCCUGCUGGCAGGGGGAAGAGGUGCAGCAGGAGGGCUGGCAGCUAGACUGCUGGCAGUACGAGGCUGGGCAGGAGCUGCUGCAGGCUGGCUGGCAGCAGGCGCUGGACUCGCAGCUCACAGGGGCGCAGAGGAGGGUCAGGAGGAGCCGGUGCAGGAGUCACAGGACCCAGGCAGACAGACCCGGCUGCUGUAGCAAAGUGGAGGCAGCCGUGGUGGUGGUGGAGGGGCUGGAGGAAGACCUGCGGCCCCUGGAUGUGCUGGCAGAGGCGGUCCCUCCCGAUGGCUCUGCUGUCGGGGUCAGGGUGAUGCAGGUCCAAGGUGCACGAGGACUCCAGCUCUCAGCCGCCGCGCCCCAUGCCCUGAGCUUCCCUGCCUCGAGGAUUUUCUUCAGAUGUGACCUCUUCCCGGAGGAAUUUUCCAUCGUUGUGACCUUGAAAGUCCCCAGCCUUCCUCCUAAGAAGAACGAGUACCUGCUGGCGGUGGUGGCAGAGGAGCGGGACUCGCUGCUGCUGGGCCUGCGCUACUCGCCCACCCAGCUGCACUUCCUCUUCCUCAGCGAGGACGGAGCAGGCGCCUGGCAGACCCGCGUGUCCUUCCGCAGCCCGGCUCUGGUGGACGGCCAGUGGCACGUGCUGGUCUUGGCCGUGUCCGAGGGCUCCUUUUCACUCACUACGGACUGCGGCCCCGCCGUGGACAUAAUGGCUGACAUGCCCUUCCCAGCCACCCUGUCUGUGCGAGGAGCCCGGUUCUUCAUUGGCAGUCGGAGGAGGACCAAAGGCCGAUUCACGGGCCUGGUGAGGCAGCUGGUUCUGCUGCCCGGCUCGGAUGCCACCCCGAGGCUUUGCCCCUGCGUGAACCCUGAGCUCGCUGUGCUGUCCAUCCCCGCCAUCCUGCGUGGCCUCACAGGGAAGCCGGAAGACAACGAGGUGCUAAAGUACCCCUAUGAAACCGACAUGAAGGUGACGCUGGGACCCCGGCCUCCGUGCACGAAAGCAGAGGAUGCCCAGUUCUGGUUCGACGCCAGCCGCAAGGGGCUAUACCUGUGCGUGGGCAGCGAGUGGGUCUCCGUGUUAGCAGCCAAAGAAAGGCUGGAUUACGUGGAGGAGCAUCAGAGCCUGUUCACGAACUCAGAGACGCUGGGCAUCGAGGUCUUCGUCAUCCCUGAGACUGGGCUCUUUGUAGCAACUGCCAACCGGAAAACCACAUCCGUCAUCUACAAGUGGACCGACGGCAAGUUUGCUUCAUACCAGGACAUCCCCACGCACCAGGCACAGUCCUGGAGACACUUCACCAUCGGGAAAAAGGUCUUCCUGGCUGUGGCUAAUUUUGAGCCGAAUGAGAAGGGUCAGGAGUUCUCGGUCAUUUACAAGUGGAGCCAGAGAAGGCUGAGGUUCACGCCAUACCAGAGGGUCCCGACCCACAGUGCCCGGGACUGGGAGGCCUUUGAGGUGGCCGGCGAGCACUUCCUGGCCGUGGCCAACCACCGGGAAGGCGACAACCAUAACAUUGACAGCGUCAUCUACAAGUGGAACCCGGGGACCCGGCUCUUCGAGGCCAACCAGACCAUCGCCACUUCGGGCGCCUACGACUGGGAGUUCUUCACGGUGGGGCCCUACGCCUUUCUGGCCGUGGCCAACGCCUUCAACGGCACAUCCACGCGGCUGCAGUCCAACCUGUACGUGCGGCUUGGCGGCUCCUUCCAGCUCUUCCAGUCCUUUCUGACGUUUGGCGCCGCAGACUGGGAGGUUUUCCACAUUGGGGAGAGGGUCUUCCUCGCCGUGGCGAACAGUCACCGCUACGACGUGGAGAUGCGCUUGCAGAACGACUCCUACGUCAUCAACUCGGUCAUAUACGAGCUGAACGUCACCGCGCAGACGUUCGUCCGCUUCCAGGAGAUCCGCACCUGCAGUGCUCUGGACUGGGAGUUCUUCUCAGUGGGAGAAGAUUAUUUCCUGGUGGUUGCAAACUCCUUCGAUGGAAAUACCUUCUCGGUAAACAGUAUUAUUUACAGGUGGCAGGGGUAUGAAGGCUUCGUGGCCGUGCACAGCCUCCCAACCUUCGGCUGCAGGGACUGGGAGGCCUUCCGCACAGCGGCUGGCUCCUACCUGGUCUACUCCAGCGCCAAGGAACCGCUGUCCCGGGUGCUGAAGCUGAGGACGGGGUGA